GAGCCGCGGUGAGCCUUGCUCGUGCCCGCGCCUGGCCGUCCUCUCAGAGCUCGGCUGGGUGGCGCUCGUGCCCGCCCGCCGCCUGCGGCUCGCGCCCGGGAGCGCCGCCGGGUCCCUGAAGCCGGUCGCGUCCUUUGUGCGGCGCUCGGGUUGCGCCGCUGGGCAGCGGGACGGAAUGCGGGCGCUGCGGAGUCUCUGCUCUUCUGCUCAAACUCUCGAAACAAUGGAGUGUAAGAGGAGCAUGGACUGAGGGGGGCGAGCGGGGAAGCGAGCUGCACGGGGAAUCAUGACUUCUGCCGCGGAGAUUAAGAAGCCACCAGUGGCCCCUAAGCCAAAGUUUGUGGUAGCAAAUAAUAAGCCAGCUCCACCUCCUGUUGCACCCAAACCCAAUAUUGUGAUUUCUAGUGUUCCACCAUCAACAAAGAAAACCAAACCAGCAAUAGCCCCGAAACCAAAAGUUCUGAAGGGCUCACCUGUUAGAGACAUUGGGCAGUCAGCAUCAAGGAAAAUCAUUGUAAACCUGGAAGAGCACAAACAGGAAUUACCUGAAAAUGCCGACAACUCUGACUGUAGAAAUGUAGGGCAUCAGAGCAGUAAUUAUAUUUUACCAAUGUGUUCCUGCAGUUCUCAGUGUGUCCAUAAACUUGGGAAUAGAGAGAAUUUGUGUGUAAAGCAACUUGUUUUAGAGACCCUGGAAACGCAUGAAAACUUAGAAUAUAGUAAAAUUGAGGAGUCCUCUUCAGCCGUAAAAACAAGGAGUAGAUGUGAUUCUAAUGUUGAGAAUGUCAAGAGCCAGAGUGAAGUCGUUUUAAAGGCAAACAUCCUAGAAGAGAAGCUCAAAGAUGUUUUAACACAACGAACAUCACCUUUUAUUUCCCUACCGAAGCACAGAUCCACAGACAGCCCAGAAAUUAAUGAUGGCUAUAAUUCCAACAGACAAUUCAGAAUUGAGUUUGCAGAUUUGUCACCUUCCCUGUCCAGCUUUGAAAAAGUUCCUGAUCAUCACCAUUGCCACCUACAGCUUCCUAGUGAUGAAACCUAUCAGCCUAGCAGUGAUAAAAGCAAUACUUGCUUUCAUUCAUCUGGACAAGAAGCUCUGGAAAAUGGUAAAAGUAGUACUUUUUUAUCUUCAGAUGGAGUUAGUAAGAAAUCAGAAGUCAAAGACCUCGGUCCCUUAGAAAUUCACUUAGUACCACAUACUCCCAAAUUUCCAACCCCCAAGCCCAGAAAGACAUGGGCUGCUCGUCUGUUACGUCAAAAGUAUGUAGAUGUGCCUAGUGAAAGUACUGAAGAACCAGAGAAUUUAGACAGUGACUCUUCUUGUCUUUUAGAAGCUGGUUUGAAAAACGAUAAAAUCAGUGUUCUUCAUCAUAAUGUUUUGUGUAACCAGGAACAGGUGGACAAAGUGAAGCCAGGAAAUAAAAGUGAAUUGAAUGUGGACUGCAGUGGUGACAGACAAAAUUUAGUCAGUCCACAGAAAGCUGUGUGCCCUGAAACAUCUUCCUUUGAAAAAAUGGAAACAGAUUCUAAUUUAAGUUCUGACAGCAAGACAAUAGAUGGUUCUAGUAUGUCACUUGCUGUGGACAAAGGGACCAAUUUUAUAAGGUACAGUACUUUAUCUAUGAGCCUACCAAAGCAGCUCAAAUUAACCUGCAAUGAACAUUUGCCUACUACCUGCAAUGUGGGAGUGUCUGCCCCUCAAAUACAAAAGGAAUCUACAAUAAAAGGUGAAAAUUCCUCAAGAAUUGUCCCCAAAAAACCUCAAAGACACAGCUUGCCUGCUGCAGGAGUGCUUAAAAAGGCUGCCUCAGAGGAGAUUGUGGAGAAAAGUUCUUAUCCCUCAAAUGAAGAAAAUAAUUCAGAGAAAGGUCUAGAAAGAAAUCACCUUCAGCAUGUGUGUGCCCAAAACCUCAGUAUGUCAUCCUCCUUUGAUAUGCCUAAACGGGCUUCAGAAAAGCCAGUGUGGAAAUUACCUCAUCCUAUUUUACCCUUUUCGGGGAACCCAGAAUCCUUAAAGUCUGUCACUACAUCAUCAAAUAGUGAGCUUUCAACUGCCAUAACUAAGCCUCGAGCAAAAUCAUUAUCUGCUAUGGAUGCGGAAAGGUGCACUAAGCCUUGCAAAGACACUCAGAAGAAAAACUCUUUAAAGAAGUUGCUGAACAUGAAAUUGUCCAUCUGCUUCAUGAAAAGUGACUUCCAGAAAUUUUGGUCCAAGAAUAGCCAGCUUGGAAACGCAACUGCAGGCAGCCUCUCAGGUGGGGAGAGGAAAGGAAUUGAAAGUGAUUGGCAUGGCAUGUUGGUAGAAGAGAAGAGAAGUAAACCCAUCAAGGCGUAUUCUGCAGAUAACUAUAGCUUGGAAUCUCAAAAGAAGAGGAAGAAGUCCCGGGGCCAGACCAGUGCAGCUAAUGGACCACGAGCUGAGUCUUUGGAUGACCAAAUACUCUCCAGGGAGUCAUUAUCUCAGGCGCCUUGCAAAUCUGUCACAAGUGGCUGUGCCCCAGAGUAUGAAAAUGUACGCCAUUAUGAGGAAAUACCAGAGUAUGAAAACUUGCCAUUUAUAAUGGCCAUAGGGAAAACUCCCGAGUUAGAAUGGCAGAAUUCCAGAAGCAUGGAGGACACUGAUGCAAAUGUGUACGAGGUAGAAGAGCCAUAUGAAGCUCCAGGUGGCCAGUUGCAACUUGGACCCAGACAUCAGCAUUCCAGCAGUUCUGGAGCAUCCCAGGAGGGACACAACGAUCUUGAUCUUGGUCUUGGUGAACUUCCUUCGGAUGAGGAAGAAGACAUCAAUAGUUCUGACGAAGACGAUGUCAGCUCUGACUCUAGUAAAGGGGACCCUGAUCUGGGAGACAAACAGAAUGAAGAUACUGGAAUGAAGAGUAAAGUCCAUCAUAUUGCCAAGGAGAUCAUGAGCUCAGAGAAGGUGUUUGUGGAUGUAUUAAAACUUUUGCAUAUUGAUUUCCGAGAUGCAGUGGCCCAUGCUUCCAGGCAACUUGGGAAACCCGUGAUUGAGGACCGGAUCCUAAAUCAGAUCCUGUACUACUUGCCUCAGCUGUAUGAGCUCAACCGGGAUCUCCUGAAGGAACUGGAGGAAAGGAUGUCAAACUGGACUGAACAACAUAGAAUUGCUGAUAUCUUUGUAAAGAAGGGACCAUAUCUAAAAAUGUAUUCCACGUACAUCAAAGAAUUUGAUAAAAAUAUAGCUUUGCUGGAUGAGCAGUGCAAGAAGAACCCAGCUUUUGCUGCUGUUGUUAGAGAUUUUGAGAUGAGCCCACGCUGUGCUAACCUGGCCCUCAAGCACUACCUGCUCAAGCCGGUUCAACGGAUCCCCCAGUACAAGCUGCUGCUGACAGAUUAUUUGAAAAAUCUUCUAGAGGACUCUGGAGAUUACAGAGACACUCAAGAUGCCCUUGCUAUCGUUAUAGAAGUCGCCAACCACGCCAAUGACACCAUGAAGCAAGGCGACAACUUUCAGAAGCUUAUGCAGAUUCAGUACAGCCUAAAUGGACACCAUGAAAUAGUGCAGCCUGGACGGGUUUUUCUCAAAGAGGGAACUCUGAUGAAGCUGUCUCGGAAAGUCAUGCAGCCCCGAGUGUUUUUCCUGUUUAACGAUGCCCUGCUGUAUACAACACCAAUGCAGUCUGGGAUGUAUAAACUGAACAAUAUGCUCUCAUUGGCUGGAAUGAAGGUCAGAAAACCCACCCAAGAAGCAUAUCAGAAUGAACUAAAGAUUGAAAGUGUAGAACGCUCCUUUAUCCUCUCAGCCAGUUCUGCCACAGAAAGAGAUGAAUGGCUAGAAGCAAUUUCCAGGUCAAUAGAAGAGUAUGCCAAAAAAAGAAUCACAUUCUGCCCUAGUAGGAGUCUUGAUGAGGCUGACUCAGAAAAUAAAGAGGAAGUUAGCCCUCUUGGAUCUAAAGCUCCCAUCUGGAUCCCUGAUACCAGAGCCACAAUGUGUAUGAUCUGCACAAGUGAAUUUACUCUGACCUGGAGACGACACCACUGCCGGGCCUGUGGGAAGAUUGUAUGCCAAGCCUGUUCAUCAAAUAAAUACGGUUUAGAUUACCUGAAAAAUCAACCAGCAAGAGUAUGUGAACAUUGUUUCCAAGAACUGCAGAAACUAGAUCACCAGCAUUCUCCUAAGAUUGGAUCUCCUGGAAAUCACAAAUCUCCUUCAAGUGCCUUAUCAUCAGUCUUACAUAGUAUUCCAUCAGGGAGGAAACAGAAAAAGAUCCCAGCUGCUCUCAAAGAAGUAUCAGCAAACACAGAAGAUUCUUCCAUGAGUGGCUACUUGUACAGAUCAAAGGGCAAUAAAAAACCUUGGAAACACUUGUGGUUUGUCAUAAAAAAUAAAGUGCUGUAUACAUAUGCUGCAAGUGAGGAUGUGGCAGCUUUGGAGAGUCAGCCUUUACUAGGAUUCACUGUCACUCAAGUCAAAGAUGAGAAUUCGGAGUCCAGAGUGUUCCAGUUACUACACAAAAACAUGUUAUUUUAUGUGUUCAAAGCAGACGAUGCUCACUCAGCUCAGAAGUGGAUAGAAGCAUUUCAGGAAGGCACAAUAUUGUAGCGAUACUGGUUUCAUCCCUUCUGUGAUUCCAAAUGGGUGGAAUUUCAUCAGAAUGGAGUAAAUGCAGUACAAAAAUUUUAUGUAAAUGAACACUGCCAAGAUAAAUCCAGCCAAAAUCUUCAUCAAAUAUUGUGAAUUAUUUUGUUAGGUGUAAGGUAAUUUUUUUUUAAUGUUUGUUUUCUCAUGUAUGUUAUUUAUUAAAAUUUUGAUGUUUA